UCAAAGGCAGCCUAAAGGGAAACCAGUGUGAACCGAAUUUAACUGUAACAUUAUACGUUUGUCGUUUCAAUUCAUACUUCUAACGUAUACAUUCUUCAACCGUAUAGCGCCACACUUUGGUUAAAAAGCGUUACAUUUUGGCGUACUCGGCUUGCGGAAGUGACGCGUGUAGGAGCUUCUGUCUGUUUGUUUUUCUCCGAGGUUUCUGUCUCUACCUUAUUGACCAACGUUAUCGCAACAAAUCAGAUUUUAUUAUCGCAUCUCAUCCCAAAGGUACUCGACCCAAUUAAUUUUUUAAAACAGCGAUUUCGUGUGCUAUGGCACGCUCUCUUAGCUGUCUUGCUAAGCGUAGCCAGCUGGUGCACACAGCCUGGCAGUGUUUAUUUUUAGCAACAGUCGCGACUAACGAUUGUUAGCCGCUCCGGCUAGCCAUUAGUGUGUUAGCUCGCUCUCAUCAUCUUCAGGAUUCUGACAGAUGGAUCAACAGUCUCAGUCCUAUAUGUUUGCCAGUCUCACACGACCCCACUCAGAGCAGCUGCUGCAAGGCCUACAGUUGUUGCGGCAAGACCAUGAGCUGUGUGAUAUUGUACUGCGAGUGGGAGAUGUCAAGAUCCAUGCCCACAAAGUGGUCCUGGCCAGCAUCAGUCCAUACUUCAAGGCUAUGUUCACUGGCAAUCUUUCUGAGAAGGAGACUUCAGAGGUUGAGUUCCAGUGCAUUGAUGAAGCUGCAUUACAGGCCAUUGUGGAAUAUGCCUACACAGGAACAGUUUUUAUUUCACAGGAAACAGUGGAAUCUCUUCUUCCAGCUGCCAACCUCCUCCAGGUCAAACUGGUGUUGAAAGAGUGCUGCAGUUUCUUGGAGAGUCAGUUGGAUGCUGGGAAUUGUAUUGGUAUUUCUCGUUUUGCAGAAAUGUAUGGCUGCCACGAUCUCUGUCUGGCAGCCACUAAAUUCAUCUGUCAAAACUUUGAGGAGGUCUGUCAAACAGAGGAGUUUUUUGAGCUGACCAGGGAAGAGCUGGACGAGAUAGUUUCCAAUGACUGCUUAAAAGUGGUCACAGAAGAGACAGUCUUCUAUGCCCUGGAGUCAUGGAUUAAAUAUGAUCUGACAGAGAGGCAGCAGUACCUGGCUCAGCUCCUCCAUUGUGUGCGGUUGCCGUUGCUUAGUGUUAAAUUUCUCACCCGCCUCUAUGAGGCUAAGCACCUUGUCCGUGAUGAUCAUGCCUGCAAGCACCUUCUUAAUGAGGCUCUCAAAUACCACUUCAUGCCUGAGCACCGGCUUUCGUACCAGACAGUGCUGUCUACAAGACCUCGCUGUGCCCCCAAGGUCCUUCUUGCGGUGGGAGGCAAAGCUGGGCUCUUCGCCACUUUGGAAAGUAUGGAGAUGUACUUCCCUCAGACAGACUCCUGGAUUGGGCUGGCCCCACUCAACGUGCCCCGCUGUGAGUUUGGAAUUGCCGUGCUGGACCAGAAGGUGUAUGUCGUGGGCGGCAUUGCCACACACAUGCGACAGGGCAUCAGCUACAGACGCCAUGAGAGCACAGUGGAGAAAUGGGACCCAGACAGCAACACCUGGUCCUCUGUGGAACGGAUGGCAGAGUGUAGGAGCACGCUGGGAGUUGUGGUGUUGGCAGGGGAACUAUAUGCACUUGGGGGAUAUGAUGGCCAAUAUUAUCUUCAGUCAGUGGAGAAAUAUGUAAACAAGGUCAAAGAGUGGCAGCCGGUAGCAGCCAUGACUAAAUCACGCAGUUGUUUUGCCACUGCAGUACUAGAUGGUAUGAUUUAUGCCAUUGGGGGCUAUGGACCUGCUCACAUGAACAGUGUGGAGCGCUACGACCCCAGCAAAGAUGCCUGGGAAAUGGUAUCACCCAUGGCCAAUAAAAGGAUAAAUUUUGGAGUGGGAGUCAUGUUAGGGUUCAUAUUUGUGGUUGGAGGACACAAUGGUGUAUCACAUCUGUCCAGCAUCGAAAGAUAUGACCCCCACCAGAACCAGUGGACAGCAUGUCGACCCAUGAAUGAACCUCGCACAGGGGUUGGCUCUGCUGUUGUGGACAACUACCUCUAUGUGGUCGGUGGUCAUUCUGGGUCAUCAUACCUGAACACAGUGCAGCGCUAUGAUCCUAUCUCGGACAGCUGGCUAGACUCCAGUGGCAUGAUGUACUGCCGCUGUAACUUUGGCCUGACUGCCCUUUGACCCUAGGCACCUCUGUAAUCUGUGUAGGAUACUGUGUAAGAGAAGAGAGACAAAAAUUGUUCGCAUUUCUUUUGUCUACUCCCAAUUCUUCUUUGGAACUAUGUUCCUCAGGAGGUGCCAUUAUAGAUUUUAGGGUUCACAGUAGUAGCAGGAGUAAGACUGGAAAAGAGCUUGGAUAAUGAGUCACAGCUUCACAGCUGUAGGGAUUCUGCAAAGCACUAGACAGAGGAUGACAGGAAAAGUCUAUCCAUUUUUGGUUGUGUAGUUGGAAAUGACAGUUACUAUCUUUUUUUUUUUGUAACCUUAGACAAAAAGGUUACAAGCAGAUUUUUUCUGUUUCUUUUAUUUUCGGGUCAAUGUCUGUCUAUAUGUAUGCAUGUCACAGAAAGUGUGUGUGUGUGUGUGUGUGUGUGUGUGUGUGUGUGUGUGUGUGUGUGUGUGUGUGUGUGUGUGUGUGUUUGUUUGUGCGCGUGCAUGCGCGUGUGCACAUGCGCUCAGGCACGUUGAUGAACUCUUUGGAAGGGUUUGAAAUGUCUCUAUCUAAAGUGCUUCAAAAAAGUGAAAAAAUUAUUCUCACUUAAAAGGGCUGCCUUUCUUUCUCUUACACUUAGUUUGACUUAACAAUGUAGAAUAUAUCCUCUAGUGCAUUGCCUGUAAAUGUUAUCUGCACUGAGUUACUGAGUAAGGGAUGCGAGUAGACGUGCAUUGACUGAAUACACCAGUCAAGCAUAACAUUAUAACCAUCUCUUUGUUUCUAUGCUCAUUGUCCAUUUUAUCAGCUCCACUUACUGUAUAGGUGCACUGUGUAGUAAGAACAGGGUAAAAGGGGGCUAACAAAGUAUGCAGUCUGUAAUUGUAGAACUGCAAAGUGCACCUAUUUAGUAAGUGGAGCUGAUAAAAUGGACCAUGAGUGUAGAAACAAGGAGGUGGUCAUAAAUUUGCCUGAUAGGUGUAUAUUCGUGUUCCACUUUGGUCUCUAAAGAAAUCUUCCAAGUUCUGCACAGCUCUUCUCUUCCUUGGUAGCUGUAGAACAGUCUUUUAUUUUGGUUUUUUUUUUCUUUUAAACCAGUACAAACAUCCUAUCAAUUUUUCCAAUUUUUGUUCCCAGCCUUUCAAUUUUCAGCACUGAAUGUGACCAUGGCUUUUUUUCUUUCUUAGCCAUUGGAAAGGUGUGGGAGGUUUAGAAAAAUGCCAUUGGUGCUAGUUAACAAUUCGGGUUUUUGUAAGUGUUGUCUUGCAGUG